GUACGUAUGAAAUCAAUCAUGGCGGCCAAUAUGGCGACGAGAAAACUGUAAUUCGGCCAAAAUGUUAAAUUUUUAUCUAAAAACUGUUAAUUUUAGUGACUGUUAAAUUAAAUUAAAAGUGAUUUUAAAAAAAGUGAAAGAAUAUGCACAUGGAGAGGAUUUUAAUGAAUGAUGUCAAAUGAAAGAAGACGCCGGCAUGGAUUUAUCUCUCUUAGGAUUACGGAUUGUACGGAACCCUUUAGGGUUCUUCUUCAUGACGAUUUUAAUCCUUUUGUCAAUAAUUUGUUCAACAAGCGCAGAAAGCAGAGUCGGAAUAGAUGGAAGUCGUGAGCCUUGUUCCAACGAAGGCGAAAUUGUUCCAGUGGAAUCCAUCAAGGAUAUGAACUGUUUCAAAUGCAUUUGUAAGAACGGGUUCGUCGAGUGUCAGCCCGAGUACGAGUGCCCGCCUGUCGACAACUGUUAUAUGCAAAUCGUCAAAGCCAAAAAUGAAUGCUGUUAUAAAUGCAAAGGGUGCACUUACGAGGGGGCCCGUUACCCCAGCGACUCCUCCUGGCGGGACAAAAAGGACCCCUGCGUGUCCCUGUCCUGCGAGGCAGGGGUCGUCACAUCGUCUAGGGUCACCUGUUACACGCCCUGCGAGAACCCACGGCCCCCCAAGGACGGGGAGUGCUGCCCCACUUGCGACGGUGAGUAACUGGAUGAAUUAUUUUGUAGUAUUUGUGUCUUGUAACAUUUUAACUGUUCGAUUGAUAUG